AUGCAUUUCUUUAAUUUUGUUAUACCGUAUAGUUAUGGCCAAAGAAGGGGAAUUAAUGUGCUUCAAGGCUCCAUCCUCAUAAUCUUUUCUCAUGCUUCAACCUCAACUUCAGCAAAUUCAGAAGGAAGAGUGGAUUACGUGGGUGUGGAUGAGAAGGAAGAUGUGCAACUCUUUUACUACUUCAUUCAGUUAGAGUCAGAUCCUGACCAUGAUGCUCUCAUGCUUUGGAUUACCGGUCGUCCUGGUUGUUCUACCAUCUCCGGCCUGCUAUAUGAGAUUGUGCAGAUGGCAAGCAUAAUUUUCCUAGAUCUUCCUGUUGGUACUGGUUUUUCUUAUGCAAGAACCACACGGGCGUCGCAUUCCACGGACAUUCAACUUUGUGACCAAGCAUAUGAAUUUAUGAGAAAGUGGUUUAAAAGUCACCCGAAGUUCACCUCUAAUCCAUUCUAUGUAGGAGGAGAUUCCAAUUCUGGAAACCCGGUCCCAAUAAUCACACAACUAAUAUUAGACGGUAACACUUUUCUCCGUAAACAUAUCAUGGCUGACUAUAUCGUGUGA